AUGACUUCCAAGGCCAGCGGCGGUGGAAACAGCGGCGGCGGGGGAGGCGGAAAUGGCUAUGCAGGUGCUCCCAAGUACAUUAACGACUUUAGCAAGGCUCUUGCAGGUGAAGUCCGGGUACUCCUUGCUGAAGUUGGACAGUUGAGAGAUGAGCGACGCGCUCUGCAAUACGAGAUCGCGGAGCUCAUGAGCGCCAAGUCGAAGCACGGUGAAGGCGGCGAAUACAUGCCUGAAUGGCGUCCCACACCAGAAGAACCCGCACCUCCCCCACCCGAAGAGCCCGGCCCCGCAGCAGCCCGUCCUGGUUGGCGUGUGGUGAAUAAACGACGCGACAGAGCGCUCAAGGCCCAAGCAAUGCGGCCACCAUCGCCCAACUCCGUCCCUCCACUCGAGCCACCAAAGCCGAAUGUCCCUGCUUGGGCUCAAUGGCGGCCCAGCACGGCCUUUUCCCCAGCGCCAGUCCCAGGCACAGUUGCUGCCCCGCUUCCCAGUGCUCCUCCCCCAAGAUCGGGAAUAUUCGGUCCCCCAACGCCUCCGCCAAAGUAG